AUGUCCAAUGGCAGCUCCAUCACAGAGUUCUUCCUCCUGGCAUUUGCAGACACACGGGAGCUGCAGCUGUUGCACUUCUGGCUUUUCCUGGGCAUCUACCUGGCUGCCCUCCUGGGCAACGGCCUCUUCAUCACAGCCAUAGCCUGUGACGACCGCCUCCAUGCCGCCAUGUACUUCUUCCUCUUCAACCUCUCCCUCCUCGACCUGGACUCCAUCUCUACCACUCUCCCCAAAUCCAUGGCCAAUUCCCUCUGGGAAACAAGGGCCAUUUCCUACUCAGGAUGUGCGUCCCAGGUCUUUUGCCUUCUCUUCUUGGUUGCAGGGGGGUACUGUCUUCUCACCGUCAUGGCCUAUGACCGCUAUGUUGCCCUCUGCAAACCCCUGCACUACAGCACCCUUCUGGGCAGCAGAGCUUGUGCCAAAAUGGCAGCAGCUGCCUGGGGCGGUGGUUUUCUCAAGGCUGUGCUUCCCACUGCCAAUACAUUUUCACUACCACUCUGCCAAGGCAAUGCUGUGGACCAGUUCUUCUGUGAGGUCCCUCAACUUCUCAAGCUCUCCUGCUCAGAAUCCUACCUCAGGGAAGUUGGGCUUCUUGUGAUUAGUCUUUGUGUAGCUUUAGGGUGUUUUGUUUUCAUCGUGCUGUCCUACGUGCAGAUCUUCAGGGCUGUGCUGAGGAUCCCCUCUGAGCAGGGACGGCACAAAGCCUUUUCCACAUGCCUCCCUCACCUGGCUAUUGUCUCCCUGUUUGCUAGCACUGCCACGUUCACCUACCUGAAGCCCCUUUCCAUCUCCUCCCCAUCCAAGGAUGUGGUGGUGGCAGUUCCAUAUGCAGUGGUACCUCCAUCAGUGAAACCCCUCAUCUACAGCGUGAGGAACCAAGAGCUGAAGGAUGCCAUUAGGAAGGUGAUUUCAUGGAUGUUUCUCAGUCAGUCAUGA